GACGCACAGUGACAACGCGGAAGUCCUCCCACGUCCCGGAUGCGCUGCACAUGAACUGGUCGGGACAGAAUUAAGUCUCAGCCUUUGCGUUCACGUUCAGUUGCGAUAUUUGCAUCGUUUUUUUUGUUUUGUUUUCUAUUUUGUGGACAAAAUGCCUUUAGAGUUCGAGCUGUGUCCCGGUCGUAUGAUCGGAGGAGACCACCCGUGCUUCAUUAUCGCUGAAAUUGGACAAAAUCACCAGGGAGACAUCGAGAUUGCCAAGAAAAUGAUCAAGAUGGCAAAGGACUGCGGUGCGGAUUGUGCCAAAUUCCAGAAGAGUGAAUUGGAUCAUAAAUUCAACAAGAAAGCCUUGGAGCGCCCGUACACUUCUGUUCACUCCUGGGGGAAGACUUAUGGUGAACACAAACGCCACCUGGAGUUCAGCCAUGAGCAGUACAAGGAACUGCAGCAAUAUGCCGAGGAGGUGGACAUCUGUUUCACUGCGUCUGGGAUGGAUGAGAUGGCAGUGGAGUUCCUCCAUGAUCUUAAUGUUCCUUUUUUAAAAGUGGGCUCAGGAGACACCAACAACUUCCCCUAUUUGGAGAAGACGGCCAAGAAAGGACGGCCCAUGGUGGUGUCCAGCGGGAUGCAGAGCAUGGAGACGAUGCGUCGAGUCUACAAAACAGUGAAGGCGCACAACCCAAACUUUGCCAUCCUGCAGUGCACCAGCGCCUACCCUCUGGAAGCAGAAGAUGUCAACCUCAGAGUGCUAACGGAAUACCAGAAGGAAUUUCCCGAUAUUCCCAUUGGGUAUUCUGGCCACGAGUCUGGCGUGGUUAUUUCAGUCGGGGCCGUAGCUCUGGGAGCAAAGCUCAUCGAGCGCCACGUGACCUUGGACAAGAGCUGGAAAGGAAACGACCACGAAGCCUCUCUGGUGCCCAGUGAGCUGGCCGAGCUGGUUCGCUCCAUCCGACUGGUGGAAAGGGCGCUGGGCAACGGCGUCAAGCAGAUGCUUCCGUGUGAGAGGCCGUGCCAUGACAAGCUGGGUAAGUCCUUGGUGGCUAAGGUGAAGAUCCCCAAAGGAACUGUCCUGACUCAGGACAUGCUGGCGGUGAAGGUGGCCGAACCAAUGGGCAUCGGCGCCGAGGACAUCUUCCACGUGGUUGGGAAGAAGGUCAAAAAGGACGUGGAGGAGGAUGAGAGCAUCUUGCCAGAGGUGGUGGACGCCUAAUGCGAUAACAGGAAGUGAUGAUGGUGGCCGAGUUCAUAGAUUGUUAGAAAAUGAAUUUAAUUGGAGGGGAAAUGUUAUUAAUUAUUCUGGGAAUAAUGGUCCUUUUCUUUGGUGGUGCUGGGUUUUUCCAAAUUGAAGUACUGGACAAUUUCAAUGUUUCAAAGUUGACCUUCAAACAAUUAACUCUAUCAAUCAAUUUUUGUUUUCCUUCACGUGAAACUCCAACUUCUUUAAUAAACUCACUACAAUCUCACAAGAGGCUCAGCAGCAGUUUCAGUCCUGCUGUCGGUAGUAGUGGAACAAAGCACCUUGUCAAUGGCUUAACAUAAAUUGCACUACAUUUUUGUCUGCAAUGUAGAGAUCAAAAGGAUCAUUGAAGACAUGAAGCUGCUAAUGGUCAUCUUCUCACACAAUGGUGAGAUCAGAGUCCCUUUGCCACAGUCAGUUGUGUGAUCAUUCAUUUAGGUUCAUAUAGUUUGUGUACCUCUUUAGAGAGACUCACAUGAAGACUACUGCAACCAAACUAAUACCCUGGUCUUUCAAUCAACCAAAUCCGUCCCGAUGUAAAAUGUCAAAACGCGCCAACUUUGUUGAGAUCUUCUGUUCUGAGAAGAUGAAGCUUCCUAAUAAAAUGUUGGCAGAAUUUCCCUCCUGGUUUCCCUUGUCUUUGCUACAUUUUUGAGAAGUGAGUAAAUAAAUCUCUUUAUGCCUUUUAGCCUUUUAUGCUUCAUCAGACACAGAUCCAAAAUGU